GACGCUUCAGCGCGGACCUGGUGGAUUUUCUCCAUUUAAAAAGUUCGUCCGGAGAGUUGGGACCGUCUACACCGAGCCACACGGACUCUCUCAGCCGCAGAAGGGUCGCGGUCGCACGGCCAUGGCCUCUUUCGUUUGCCGGAUCCAGUACCUGGAGGACUCGGACCCGUUUAUCUGCACAAACUUCCCCGAGCCUCGGAGACCUCCGACGGUGAGCGUGGAGGAGAACCUGCCGCUCAGCGAGCAGAUCGCCGGGAUACACAAGCUGCUCGAGGCGCCUCUAAAGUUGGAGGAGUGCACUCUCCAGUUGGCGUCUAAUGGAAACUACCUGGACCUGGACUCGUCUCUGAGUGAGCAGCGAGACGAGCUGGACACUUUCUAUGAAGACGUGGCAAAAGGGAAGAAGCCCAUCCUGAUCCUGAGGACUCAGCUGUCUGUCCGCGUGCACGGCAUCCUGGAGAAGCUGUUUAACUCUCAGGGUCCAGAACUGAGACGCUCACUCUUCUCCCUCAAACAGCUGUUCCAGGAUGAUAAAGACCUGGUUCCAGAGUUCGUGGCCUCUGAAGGUUUGUCAUGUUUCAUCAAAGUUGGAGCGGAGGCCGACCACAACUACCAGAACUACAUCCUGAGAGCUCUGAGUCAGAUCAUGCUGUUUGUUGACGGUAUGAACGGUGUGAUAAACCACAACGAGACGGUGCAGUGGCUCUACACUCUGACAGGAAGUGUGAAGCUGUGGAGUUACCUGAUGGAGGUGUUGGAGGAGAGAAACGGCUCAGACACAGAGCUGCUCAUGUUCACCAUGACACUCAUCAACAAGGGUGUGAAGUGUGAACGUGUGAGCGUGUGUGAACGUGUGAAGUGUGAAAGUGUCAAUUGUGAAUGUGUGAACUGUGACCGUGUGAACUGUGAACGUGUGAACGUGUGA